AGGGGUGGGGCUGGCGGGCGGGCGGCUGAGGCGCGGGGCCUGGUCCCGCCGGCACCAUGGCCAAGACCGUGGCCUAUUUCUAUGACCCGGACGUGGGCAACUUCCACUACGGGGCUGGGCACCCUAUGAAGCCCCAUCGGCUGGCGUUGACCCACAGCCUGGUCCUGCAUUAUGGUCUCUACAAGAAGAUGAUCGUCUUCAAGCCAUACCAGGCCUCCCAGCAUGACAUGUGCCGCUUCCACUCGGAGGACUACAUUGACUUCCUGCAGAGAGUCAGCCCCACCAAUAUGCAAGGCUUCACCAAGAGCCUUAAUGCCUUCAACGUGGGCGAUGACUGCCCAGUGUUUCCCGGGCUCUUUGAGUUCUGUUCCCGUUACACAGGCGCAUCUCUGCAAGGAGCAACCCAGCUGAACAACAAGAUCUGUGACAUUGCCAUUAACUGGGCUGGUGGUCUGCACCAUGCCAAGAAGUUUGAGGCCUCUGGCUUCUGCUAUGUCAACGACAUUGUGAUCGGCAUCCUGGAGCUGCUCAAGUACCACCCUCGGGUGCUCUACAUUGACAUUGACAUCCACCAUGGUGACGGGGUUCAGGAAGCCUUCUACCUCACUGACCGGGUCAUGACAGUGUCCUUCCACAAAUACGGAAAUUACUUCUUCCCUGGCACAGGUGACAUGUAUGAAGUUGGAGCAGAGAGUGGCCGCUACUACUGUCUCAAUGUGCCCCUGCGGGAUGGCAUUGAUGACCAGAGUUACAAGCACCUUUUCCAGCCGGUUAUCAAUCAGGUGGUGGACUUCUACCAACCCACGUGCAUUGUGCUCCAGUGUGGAGCUGACUCUCUGGGCUGCGAUCGAUUGGGCUGCUUCAACCUAAGCAUCCGAGGACAUGGGGAAUGUGUUGAAUACGUCAAGAGCUUCAAUAUCCCUCUACUGGUGCUGGGUGGUGGAGGCUAUACUGUCCGAAAUGUUGCCCGCUGCUGGACGUAUGAGACGUCGCUGCUGGUAGAAGAGGCGAUUAGUGAGGAGCUUCCCUAUAGUGAAUACUUCGAGUACUUUGCCCCAGACUUCACGCUUCAUCCAGAUGUCAGCACCCGCAUCGAGAAUCAGAACUCACGCCAGUAUCUGGACCAGAUCCGUCAGACAAUCUUUGAAAACCUGAAGAUGCUGAACCACGCCCCUAGUGUCCAGAUUCAUGAUGUGCCUGCAGACCUCCUGACCUAUGACAGGACGGAUGAGGCUGAUGCAGAGGAGAGGGGUCCUGAGGAGAACUAUAGCAGGCCAGAGGCACCCAAUGAGUUCUAUGAUGGAGACCACGACAACGACAAGGAAAGCGAUGUGGAGAUUUAAGAGAUUUUGGGAUGCUGUGUCCCGAGGAAUUCCUUUUCAUCUCUUGGUUGGGAUGGAGGGAAAAGGAGUGGUUCCCCCAGUCGGGGACUGGUCACCCUAGGACUUUUACUGACUCUGGGGAAGGGUCUGGAGAUCACAUCUGGUUGUGGAACCAUCUGCCCCUUUUCCUUACCCACCCAAGGCCUGACAACGGUACCUAUUAAGGAUGAGAUGUACACAAGGAUAGCUGACUCUGGGAUGUUACUGCAGUGGGCCCUGGAGGCCAGUCCUCAGCCCCUCUUGCUCUUUACUCCUUCUCUUCUUCCCUCCACCUCAGAGACUUUUAGGGACGAAGGGGUAGACAGAACUGAGGUUGCCUCUGACAUGCUCCUCUCUUGGGUUCUCCUAUGAAGGCCUUGUUUCCAGGGCAAGUGAAGAGAAGAAGAGAUUUGCGGGGCUCUGGCUCCCUAAUACCUUAACUCCACAUGAUAGGAAGUACAUUGUCAAGUGGGGGGAGGGUGUGAAACUGUCCUGUUCUAACUUUUGGCUUUAUGUCCAUUUUACCACUGUUUUUAUCCAAUAAACCAACUUGGUAUUUUUUUGUACUUU